GUGACCUUUGACGUUUCAGCGGCAAACAUGUCUGCGUCGAUGGAAGAAGUGUGGACAAUCUUUGCUAAAAAUGUCAUAAUAUUAUAACGUUAGACUCUUCUUGUUAUUGAAUUUUUUGCUCAAUUGAAGUUAAAACCUAUAUGGCACUUGAUGUAUGACACCUGAGGAAAAUGACGUCUAUUAUCAAACUGACUGCUGUGUCAGGGGUGCAGGAGGAGUCUGCCCUCUGCUACCUGCUGCAGGUGGAUGAGUUCCGCUUCCUCCUGGACUGUGGCUGGGAUGAGAGCUUCUCCAUGGACAUCAUUGAUUCCAUGAAAAGGUAUGUCCACCAGGUUGACGCGGUGCUCCUCUCCCAUCCCGACCCCCUGCACCUGGGGGCCCUGCCCUAUGCUGUGGGCAAGCUGGGCCUAAACUGCCCCAUAUAUGCCACCAUCCCCGUCUACAAGAUGGGUCAGAUGUUCAUGUAUGACCUGUAUCAGUCGCGCAACAACACUGAGGACUUCAACCUGUUCACCCUGGAUGAUGUGGACUGCGCUUUCGACAAGAUCCAGCAGUUGAAGUACUCCCAGAUUGUCAAUCUGAAAGGGAAAGGACAUGGUCUGUCCAUCACUCCACUUCCUGCUGGUCACAUGAUCGGAGGGACCAUCUGGAAGAUUGUGAAGGAUGGGGAGGAGGAGAUUGUUUACGCUGUGGACUUCAACCACAAAAGAGAGAUCCACCUGAAUGGGUGUACGUUGGAGUCGGUGAGUCGUCCCUCUCUUCUCAUCACAGACUCGUUCAACGCUACAUACGUGCAGCCGCGUCGCAAGCAAAGGGACGAGCAGCUCCUUACCAAUGUAAUGGAGACCCUACGCGGCGACGGCAACGUGCUGAUCGCGGUGGAUACGGCAGGCCGUGUACUGGAGCUGGCUCAGCUGCUGGACCAGAUCUGGAGGACAAAGGACGCCGGGCUGGGGGUCUACUCUCUGGCCCUGCUCAACAACGUCAGCUACAACGUGGUGGAGUUCUCCAAGUCUCAGGUGGAGUGGAUGAGUGACAAGCUGAUGCGCUGCUUCGAAGACAAGCGCAACAACCCCUUCCAGUUCCGCCACCUGUCCCUGUGCCACAGCCUGGCAGACCUGGCACGCGUGCCCAGCCCCAAGGUGGUGCUCUGCAGCCAGCCCGACCUGGAGUCUGGCUUCUCCCGCGAGCUCUUCAUCCAAUGGUGUCAGGACGCCAAGAACUCUGUGAUCCUUACCUACCGUACCACGCCCGGCACCCUGGGCCGCUACCUCAUCGACAACCCCGGGGAAAAGAUGCUGGACCUGGAGAUUAGGAAACGGGUGAAGCUGGAAGGCAGAGAGCUGGAAGAAUACCUAGAGAAAGAGAGAAUGAAGAAGGAAGCUGCCAAAAAACUUGAACAAGAAAAAGAGGUGGACGUUGACUCGAGUGAUGAGAGCGACAUGGAGGAUGACCUGGAGCUGCCGGCGGUGGUGAAAACCAAACACCAUGAUCUCAUGAUGAAGGGAGACGGCAUCCGCAAGGGCAGCUUCUUCAAACAGGCCAAGAAGUCUUACCCCAUGUUCCCCACCCACGAGGAGAGGGUCAAAUGGGACGAGUACGGAGAGAUCAUCAGACCAGAGGACUUCCUGGUACCAGAGCUCCAGGCCACUGAGGAGGAGAAGAACAAGCUGGAGUCGGGCAUGGCCAAUGGGGACGAACCCAUGGACCAGGACUCCUCAUCCAAAGUACCUACCAAGUGUACUUCCACUACGGAGAACCUAGAGAUCAAAGCCAGGGUGACUUACAUCGACUACGAGGGCCGCUCGGACGGCGACUCCAUCAAGAAGAUCAUUAACCAAAUGAAGCCACGGCAGCUGGUGAUCGUGCACGGCCCCCCCGAGGCCAGCCUGGACCUGGCCGAGUCCUGCAAGGCCUUCACCAAGGACAUCAAGGUCUACACACCCAAGCUGCAGGAGACUGUGGACGCCACCAGUGAGACACACAUUUACCAGGUGCGGUUGAAAGACUCACUGGUGAGCUCGCUGCAGUUCUGCCGCGCCAAGGACACAGAGCUGGCGUGGAUCGAUGGCGUACUGGACAUGCGUGUGGUCAAGGUGGACACAGGCGUGCUGCCUGAGGAGGGCAUGGUGAAAGGCGAGAAGGGAACUGGCGAGGAGGUUGUGGAAGACAGCGAGCUGGCCAUGGACGUGACCCCUGCUGACGAUGCCACCACAGACCAUAGCGUGGUGGCGCAGCAGCGCGCCAUGAAGACGUUGUUUGGCGAGGAUGUGCGCGAGCUGUCGGAGGAGAGUGAUGUCAUCCCUACCCUGGAGCCUCUGCCCGCCCACGAGAUCCCAGGCCACCAGUCAGUGUUUAUCAACGAGCCGCGCCUGUCCGACUUCAAGCAGGUGUUGCUGAGGGAGGGCAUCCAGGCUGAGUUUGUGGGAGGAGUGCUGGUGUGUAACAACAUGGUGGCCGUCCGCAGGACGGAGGCAGGGCGCAUCGGCCUGGAAGGCUGCCUGUGUGAUGACUAUUAUAAGAUCCGUGAGCUGCUGUAUCAGCAGUAUGCUGUGGUGUAGGAGUGAGGAGCUGUAUCAGCAGUAUGCUGUGGUAUACUGUAGGAGAGAGGAGCAACAUGCAGCAGAGAUGGUGUCAGUCAUGACAGUAUCACACAGACAGGAUGAAGGGGAGCGAGGACUAUUACCCAGAGGACCACAGGGUUCUGAGCUCCCCUCGGGAGCCUCUCCAGCUGUUUGAAUUCCAACUGCUGUGCUGAUUUGUCCUUUUUCCCCCCAUUUUAAAAAUCUGUUUACUGUUUAUUGUGCGUCUUUCCCCACCGCAGUGAGAGACAGAUGGGCUUUUCUGGAGUGACCUCUUCUUGAUGUGAACACAUGAUGUAACCCUUAGGGUGAUUUUUACCUCUCCUCAAGCCCCCUCGGCUCUGGACUGGGCUGGCGAGGUGAAAGCUCACCACACGCUGCAGAGUCCCAACGUAGGCUGGAAUGGGUUAUCAGUGGAUCUGGUUUUUUUGUUUCUCAUUAAAGCUGCAAUAUGUAACGUUUUGGGUGACCCAACCAAAUUCACAUAGAAAUGGGAGUUUUUGAUCUGUCGUUCUCAUUGAAAGCAAGUCUAAGAAGUGGUAGAUCUGUUGUAUUUCUAUGCUUCCCAUUACGUUUUGUUUUUGCAUCUUUUACUUUCGGAUUCAUACACCAGCUUCAAACAGCCAAAAAUGCUAUAUUUUGGGUUAUGGAAAAUAUAUUUCACAGCGGUUUAGAUGGUACAAUGAUUCUCUACAGUAUACAUUGUUUGUUUAGUCACAAACUGAGAUUAGGAGAACUAUUAGAAUUUUAGCAACCAGGAAAUGGUGGAGCAAUUACUGCAUAUUGGACCUUUAAAUUCCCUUUUCUGAACAAAUAAAUGUUUGUUUGCUAUAUAUUUUUCCGUGGGUUGAGAGGGGAACGAGACGUGUGUACGCUGUAGGCGGGGUUGGGGUCAAUUCAGGAAGUGAACAGUGUUUCAAUGAGGUCCAUUUUUUUUAAACUUUUUUUUAUAGAGUUUUCAUUUUUACUUCCUGAGUUGAUUAAAUGGAAUUGAAAUGGAAUAGCCUGUAUGUAGGCAAGUACCAUUACAGGGGCUUUACUAAACUGUACUGCUGCAGUUACAGUAUGACACCACCAGAUGGAGUCAUGUUUCAUCCAUUCUGUCUGCCUCAGAUUCCCUUUAUCAAGUGUGUUCACACAGCAGCAAUUCCAGGGUUAGAGAUGACAUUGUCCCUGCAAUGAUAUCUUGGUAAAUUAGCAUAAUAUACUGUCAGGUAAAUAACAUGCUAGAAUAGUCCAUUCUCUCAUGCUUGUAUUUCAGGUAACUGAAAUCAGGUUUAUUAUGAGACUGAGGAAAGUAAAAAUGGAUUUUAAAAUGG